AUGGAGAGUCUAAGCCGCGAAAAUACCCAGUAUGGGUUGGAUCGGAGGUUAUCAGAGGUUGUGUAUGAGGCCAGGGGUACUGGUGAGAUUCAAAGCGCAAGUCAACCGGGGAUACAGGGUGGAAGCGAGCAGAAUGUGUUGACAGAGCUGGAUAUACUUUUUCAGAAGAUCAAGGCGCAACGAACCACAAGAGAAGUGCUGGGUAACAUCCCGGAACGAUUGCAAACAGCUCCUGAACAAUUACAGAGCAUCAGGGAACAGCUUGAUCUGAUUCAGCACGAGUUCAACGAGCUUGUUGAGGGGAAAGACAACUUGCUCAAACUGGUCAUUAACAAUCAGAAGGCCACUCUUUCCCCGGAACAGAUCAAGGAACUUAGCGGUAAAGCCGUAGAGGAGCUGGCCACUCUGGUGGACCAACAGGAUAUGAAUCAAACUAUAGCAUUUGCACGGGAUCAAAUAGAACAGAUAGAGUCAGAUGAGAAGUUCCAGGCUUUUUUGAAUGAUCCGCGAUCGAUCAAGGAUACGGCAAUUUCGGUGCUGGCCAACGCACCGGCAGUGGCAUCAGAGGAUCAGCUAAAAGACGUUCAGAUUUUUACGUCUCCAAGCAGCACCAAGCUGUAUGUGGAGUUGGCCGACGUUAAUGAACGACUGUCUGAGUUAGAACGAAUUGUUGGUAUCAAUACAGCCAACCGACUGAAGUAUUCGUUUACCGAUAUGCCCAGUGCCCUGUGCCAGUUGACCCAUCAGCUGGUUCUCCUUGAGCCCCAGCGAAUUGAAGCAUUAAAGGAAAAAGCAGUAAAUCUCAAUGACGAGUACAAAAGGCUGUCUUCAGUGAUUGCUGGAACUGGCGAACAUGACCGACGGAUUAAUACACUAUACACAAACAUGAAUCGAUGGCUCACCCUCAGUCAUUCGUUACCUAAAGUAAGACCCUUCCGUUUCAUCCGGAGAGCUGCUCAUGGUAGAUUUUGGAUAAAGUGA